AUGGCCAUAAUCCCGAGCUUCGGCCUGGGCUCCUUCUUCCAGAUCGCCGUGCUGCUGCUGAACGCCGUGGCCAUCCUGUCCGAGGACCGCUUCCUGGCGCGCGUCGGGCUGUCGAGCGCCACGCACGACCCGGCCUUCGGCGCCGGCCCCGGCGGCGACCAGAGCUUCAAGGUCAAGCUGAUGAACAUGAUCGCCAGCGUGCGCAUGGUGACGAGGUUUCCACUCAUACUAGUCAAUACGUUGGUCAUACUCUACGAGCUUGUGCUGGGUUGA